CGGCCGGCCUCCGAAGCACAUUGGGAACUUCAGCCCUGCGCGCCCGGGGCUUCAGGCUCCCGGGGAAGCUUGGCUGUCCCACCCGGGGCCCCAUUUACAUUAUGCAAAACCCCACUCUGGCCGGCUGGAGAGGGCGAGCCGAAGCCCCUGGAUUUAACCACAAGGCCACCACUCAGGAAAUCCACCUGGGAUUUCUUUUUCUUCCUGCAGAGGGAGAGAGAGAGAAGAAAAAAAGAAUCCAAGAUUGUCAUUUUAAACAAAUUCGGUCCAUUUGUAUAUGCUGGGUUUGCAUACAUUUGACUUCUGGCUGAUGGGAACAGUCCUGGAUAACAAGGUUAAAUCAUGAGGAUUAACUAACACUUUCAGUCUCUCAAUACUCGGGCCAGCAGGUGUCAACUCAGAGCCUGGUCUCAGGCUUACUAAUGAGGCACACUAAGUUCUGUAACUCUCCGGAGGCAUUGACGACCCGUAGUACUGACUGUAAGAUCCUCCCCUCCAGUGCCAGAGGUAGGAGGAUGGCUUCAGUCCACGAGUUCAAAGCCAACCUGGAUAACAGACCAAGAGACCACCUCAAACAAACAAACGAAAAAGAAAAAAGCCCUGAGCUCCCUGAUAGUAACCUUGGCCUUUAGUCUUCCCUCUCCUCCCAGAAAAACAUCUGACCUCCCUUCUCCUACCGGAGCAGGCACCAGAGCAAGGUCGGAAACCACAACCGUCCAGAGGAGGGGGUCUUGGGGGCCACCUGGUUUGCAUGCAUGCCCUGGCCCUGCCGAGUUCCUGAGAGAGACCACAGCCCGGAAGGCCAACCGCCUGUCCACAAGGGACUCCGGUCCCGCCCCUUCCAGGGGCAUUGGGUCGGUUGUCACUCAUUGUAUUUAAGCAGCCGGCCUCUUCAGAGGUGUGCUCAGCCAUGCUGCGUGAGGGGGCAUGUGGCCAGUAUGUUUGCCUGGGCGGCUUACCUGCUCAGUCUACAGCUCCCCAUUGCUUUAUGCUGGGCUUUGAGCUGCCAGCAGACAGAGUCCUCCCCUGGCUUCAGCCUCCCAGGGGAUUACCUCCUUGCUGGCCUCUUCGCUCUCCAUUCAGACUGUCUGGAGGUGAGACACAGACCCCAGGUGACUCCUUGUGAGAGGCCCAACAGCUUCAACGGCCAUGGCUACCACCUCUUCCAAGCCAUGCGCUUCAGCAUUGAGGAGAUAAACAACUCCACAGCCUUGCUUCCCAACAUCUCCCUGGGGUACGAGCUGUUCGAUGUGUGCUCAGAGUCUGCCAAUGUGUACGCUGCACUGAGGGUGCUCAGCCGGCAGGGGACUAACCACCUGGAGAUGCAGAGAGAUCUCCACAACUAUUCCUCCAAGGUGGUGGCACUUAUCGGGCCUGACAACACUGACCAUGCUGUCACUACUGCUUCCCUGCUGGGCCCCUUUCUGAUGCCCCUGAUCAGCUACGAGGCCAGCAGCGUGGCACUCAGCUCCAAGCGGCAGUACCCAUCUUUUCUUCGCACCAUCCCCAGCGACAAGUACCAGGUGGAGGCCAUGGUGCUGCUGCUUCGGGAGUUUGGGUGGGUGUGGAUCUCACUCAUCGGCAGCUACGGUGACUAUGGGCAGCUGGGCUUGCAGGCACUGGAAGAACUGGCCACACCACAGGGCAUUUGCAUUGCCUUCAAGGACAUCGUGCCCUUUUCGGCCCGAGUGGGUGACCCGAGAAUGCAGCAAAUGGUGCACCGUUUGGCCCAAGCCAGGACCACCGUGGUUGUAGUUUUCUCCAACCGGAACCUUGCCAGAGUGUUCUUCGGGUCUGUGGUGUUGGCCAACCUGACUGGCAAGGUGUGGAUCGCCUCGGAGGACUGGGCCAUCUCCACGUACAUCACCAAAGUGCCGGGAAUCCAGGGCAUUGGGACAGUGCUGGGGGUGGCCAUCCAGCAGAGAUCUGUCCCUGGCUUGAAGGAGUUUGAAGAGUCUUACAUUAGGGCGGUAAAGGGUGCCCCCAGGUCUUGUCCAGAGGGAUCCUGGUGCAGUACUAACCAGCUGUGCCGAGACUGCCACGCUUUCACCAUACACAGCAUGCCCAGGCUGGGAGCCUUCUCCAUGAGUGCCGCCUACAACGUGUACCAGGCCGUGUACGCCGUGGCCCAUGGCCUCCACCAGCUCCUGGGGUGUACCUCUGAGACCUGUUCCAGGGGCCCGGUCUACCCCUGGCAGCUUCUGCAGCAGAUCUACAAGGUGAAUUUCCUUCUACAUAAGGAUACGAUGGCAUUCGAUGACAACGGGGACCCUCUGGGUGACUAUAACAUCAUCUCCUGGGAAUGGAAUGGGCCUGAAUGGAGCUUUCGGGUCAUUGGCUCUGCUACAAGGUCUCCAGUUCAGCUAGACAUAAACAAGACGAAAAUCCAGUGGUCUGGGAAAACCAAUCAGGUACCCACGUCUGUGUGUGUCGAAGACUGUCUUGACGGGUACCACAGAGUGGUGGUGGGCUCUCACCAUUGUUGCUUCGAAUGCAUUCCCUGUGAGGCUGGGACCUUUCUCAACAAGAGCAAUCCCCGCAUCUGCCAGCCUUGUGGCAAAGAAGAAUGGGCCCCCGAGGGAAGCACGACAUGCCUCCCGCGCACCGUGGAGUUCUUGGCUUGGCACGAGCCGGUCUCUCUGGUGCUACUGGCAGCUAACACUGCUCUGCUGCUGCUGCUGGUUGGGACCGCCGGCCUGUUUGCAAGGCAUCUCCACACGCCCGUGGUGAGGUCGGCCGGGGGCAGGCUGUGCUUCCUCAUGCUGGGUUCCCUGGCCGCGGGGAGCUGCAGCUUCUACAGCUACUUCGGGGAGCCCACGGUGCUCACGUGCUUGCUGCGGCAGCCCUUCUUUUCUCUCGGUUUUGCCGUCUUCCUCUCCUGCCUGACGAUCCGCUCCUUCCAACUGGUCGUCAUCUUCAAGUUUUCCACCAAGGUACCCACCUGCUACCACACUUGGGCCCAAAACCACGGCGCCGGCCUGUUUGUCAUCGCCAGCUCCACGGUCCACUUGCUCAUCUGUGUCAUAUGGCUUGCAACGUGGACCCCGCUGCCCACCAGGGAAUACCAGCGCUUCCCCCAUCUGGUGAUUCUGGAGUGCACAGAGGUCAACUCCGUGAUCUUCCUGCUGUCGUUCGCCCACAACGGCCUCCUCUCCCUCAGCACCUUUGCCUGCAGCUACCUGGGUAAGGAGCUGCCAGAGAACUAUAACGAGGCCAAAUGUGUCACCUUCAGCCUGCUCCUCAGCUUCGUAUCCUGGGUCGCCUUCUUCACCACGUCCAGUAUUUACCAGGGCAGCUACUUGUCAGCGGUCUAUGUGAUGGCCGGGCUGACCACUCUGAGUGGCGGCUUCAGCGGUUACUUCCUCCCCAAGUGCUACGUGAUCCUCUGCCGUCCAGACCUCAACAACACGGAACACUUCCAGGCCUCCAUUCUGGACUACACGAGGCGCAGCGGCUCCACCUGAUCCGGGGGG